AUGCAAAAUAUUACCUAUGCCGAUAAGAAUGUCACAGUUGUCGGUCUUAAAAUCAAAUUCCGGUCUGAGCCAGAGGGCCGUGGAACCAUGGGUAUCAUUCUUAGUUGUGUUGCAACUUUCCUCUUCUGCAUCUGGGGGACUGUCCACCCUAACAUCGUCGUCGGGGCGAAAUCCUACUACCGACUCUUCUACAAAGCAGUACUCAUGCUUAUCGCGGUUGUUGUCCCCGAAGGUCUCAUACUAUCCGCCUUUGCGCAGUAUCGUGAAGCAAAAGAGCUUCACAAUCUGUGGUUGGAGAAGUAUAAAGACGAGAACGAGCCAUGGUAUACCUUCUUGAAGUUCUGGGAGGACUCCAAGAGUACCUUUGGCAUGGAAGGGGCAUUCUUUGUGGUGAUGGGUGGGUUCGUGGUAGCGAGCAGCGCUGUUGAUGGUCAGGGUAAGGAUACCGAACAACAGGCAACCUCCGCACAUAUGGCACAAAACAAAGAAUAUGUUAUUCUCACAUCUGAAGGUUUUAAACACUAUUACAGGAAUCUUAUCGACAAGGACGAGAUGAGGUGCCAUAGAAAAGCAAUUCUCGAUAAGGGGAAAGCGAGUAAUAUGGCCAAAUGUCUCGCCGGUCUCCAGGCGUCGUGGUUGAUCGUGCAGUGUUUUGCACGAUGGCAAGCAGGUUUACCUGUAACGUUGCUUGAAGUUCACGUGGCAAUACAGGUUUUCUGCACAAUGAUAAUAUUCUUCUGCUGGUGGAGCAAACCUUUGGAUGUCAACGAGCACAUUGAGAUAACCCUGGGAAGGAAGGGCGGACCUUGUAAACCAGACGAUGGGUGUGAUCAAUUCGACGCGACCAGAAACCACUCAAGUUCUCCCUCAAAGGCGCAGCCUUGCCUAAGCCGUCGGCGUACCUCACUAGCCGUACCGGACGACCUUGAGCGCGGGGGAACAGGCGCGGGGCAGGCAGGGGGUGACCUGAAGUCGGAAUGGGAUAGUCUCAAGUCCGAAGAGAAGAAGCUCAGAGAAAAUCGAGAGAAGAAUAUCGCGGUUAACCCCACAGGCCAAAGGUUCAUCCGCAAAAGGACGCCACCAGACCUAACCGGAAUAACUGCAAAGGCUUUCUACGACAUCUCCAGCUGCCUCGACAAUUCAAACAAAACUGAUAAUUCGGACAAAAGCGGAAAUAAACCGGACAGGAAGACGGACUGGAUAGCGAUGGGGGCCGAGGUAUCGUUAGUGAUUUUAGCUGGCGCCCUACAUGCCGCGGCGUGGUACUUUCCUUUCCAAACUCAAGCUGGAAGGGUUUUAUGGCGGGCAUCGUCCGUAGGCAUGUGCGCGUCUCCCACCCUCGCCGUGCUUAUUGCAUCCGUCACGGCCUACCAAGUAGACCUAGCGACCGCGGUCUGGGAAAUCCAUCUCGGGGACCGCGAAGAUUAUACAAGCAAACGCCAUCUCCGGGGGGUUACGAAGGCGGUCGGCGAUCAGUUAGGGAGAAUGGCAAAGCGACACGGCUAUCAGAUCGAUCAGCAAGGAGAAAAUGGAAGGAAUAAACGGCAUGGAGCUUACAUGACCACUUUGCAUUGGUUGCUGAUCUGUGUUGUUUUACUGUUGCUCGUGGCGUAUGCGGUUUCUAUUAUUAUAAUCACGAUCAUAGCCUUUCUGAGUAUGCGGCACCCACCCGUAGGAUCAUAUAACACACCGAGGUGGAACGACUAUUGGCCGCAUUUUUAG